AUGGCCGGCCGGGGCUGCGGCGGCGGCUGCGGGCCGGGCCGCGCGAACGAGGACAACGCGCGCUUCCUGCUGCUCGGCGCGCUCCUGGCGCUGUACCUGCUGGGCGGCGCCGCCGUCUUCUCGGCGCUGGAGCGGCCGCACGAGCGCCAGGCCCGGCAGCGCUGGGAGGAGCGCCUGGCCCGCUUCGGCCGCCGCCACAACCUGAGCCGCGACGCGCUGCGCGGCUUCCUCCGCCACUUCGAGGAGGCCGCGGCCGCCGGCGUCCGCGUGGACGGCGCGCGCCCGCGCUGGGACUUCCCCGGCGCCUUCUACUUCGUGGGCACCGUCGUGUCCACCAUCGGGUUUGGGAUGGCCACGCCAGCGACAGUGGGCGGGAAGGUGUUCCUGAUCGUCUACGGCCUCCUCGGGUGCUCCAGCUCCCUCCUGUUCUUCAACCUCUUCCUGGAGCGCCUGAUCACCGCCAUCGCCCACGUGUCGGGGCGGGGCGGCGCGCGGGGCCCGGGGCGGGCGGCGCCCGGGAGGCCGUCGGCGCGCGCGGUGCUGCUGGCGCUGGGCGCCGCCUCCCUGGCGCUGUGCUGCGGCGCCGCCGCGCUGUACGCGGCCGCCGAGGGCUGGGGCUACCUGGACGCGCUCUACUUCUGCUUCGUGGCCUUCAGCACCAUCGGCUUCGGGGACCUGGUCAGCGGCCAGCGGGCGCGCUACGACGGCCAGGGCCUCUACCGCGUGGCCAACUUCGUCCUCCUGCUCGCGGGCGUCUGCUGCCUCUACUCGCUCUUCAGCGUCGCGUCCGUCCUCGUCCGGCAGGCGGUGAACUGGGCCCUGGGCCGGGCGGCGGGCGCGGGCUGCGGGCGGGGCCGGGGCCGGGGCCGCGGCGGGCCGCCCCGCAGCAACGCCGUGGGGCCGGGC